AUGCCGCCCUUGUCGCCGGCCUCGCAGCCGCCGCCGCAGCAGCAGCAGCAGCAGCAAAGCUGCGUGUCUACGGUGCAGCAGCAGCAGCAGCACGCGGCCUUUUUGCUGUCGGAUGCUGCGCAGCUGCAGCAAAAAGUGCUUUCGGAAGUUUCCAAAUUCGAAGAACACAUUUUGCUGCUGCGGGACUUCCUGCUGCACUUCGCUGACGAGUUUGCUGACGCGCAGCAGCAGCGCCACGGGGAGUUCAAGUACAGAAACUACCUCCAAGAAAUCGCCGACCAGCGACGCGACGACCUGCCUAUACACCUGGAGGAUGUCGCGAAGUACUUCGGGUCUUCUUCAUCUUCGGGGGAAAAAGGAAAAGGGUUUGGGGUUUACGAGGGUUUGCUGGUGAACACUUGUCGCUACAUGGAGCUGCUGCAUGCAGCAGCAGAUUUGCUGCUGCAGGACACAGACCUUUUUGCUGCUGCUGCUGCAGCAGAAGAAGCAGCAGCAGCAGAUCCUGCUGCUCUUGCUGCUGCUCUCGAGAGUCCAGCAGCAGCAGAUCAUUUGCUGCGCAGCGCUGCGUUGAGGGCCAAAAAGUUCGACCCCUGGAGACGCAUCAGGGCUCGAGACAUGGCCGCCAGAGGAGUGCCCGCCCACUUGCGCCACACCUUGUAA